AUGAUUAUCCCGAUCCGGUGCUUCUCCUGUGGCAAGGUCACCGGCGACCUCUGGGAACGCUACCUUCAGCUGAUUGCCGACCCACGGAAGACUGACGGAGACGCCAUGGACGAGCUCGGUCUCAAGCGAUACUGCUGCCGCCGUAUGAUCAUGACCCACGUCGACCUCGUCGAGAAGCUCCUCAAGUACACGCCCGACGGCCGUAACGAGAAGAAGCAGGAACUGAACGAGAUGUGA